GGCGCGCGGCGCCAAGAUGGCGGCGGUCGGGGCGGCGGCGGCGGCGGCGGGAGCGGGGCUGUGAGCGCGGCGCCUCCCCCGGCCCGGCCCGGCCCGGCCCGGCCCUGCCCGCCGCCAUGGCCCGCCUGGCCGACUACUUCGUGCUCGUGGGCUACGACGCGGACAAGCGCGGCAGCGGGGAUGGACAGGGACAGAUUCUGCAGCGCUUCCCCGAGAAGGACUGGGAGGACAACCCCUUCCUCAAGGCAUCGAGCUGUUCUGCCAGCCCAGCGGCUGGCAGCUCUUCACGGAGAGGAACCCCCCCACCUUCUUCGUCGCCGUGCUCACCGAUAUCAAUUCGGAGCGGCACUUACUGCGCCUGCUUCACCUUCUGGGAGGCCGUGGAGAGCGCGCAGCCUCAGAGCCACCCCAGGAAUGGCGAGGAGGAGGAAGAGUCGUCCUCAUCUCCUGUUCAACCGGCGCAGCUCUUUGCUCCCAAAAGCCUGGUGCUGGUGUCGCGGCUGGACCACGCUGAGGUCUUCAGGAACAGCCUGGGCCUGAUCUACACCAUCUACGUGGACGGACUGAGCGUGUCCCUGGAGAACGUCAUCGGGAACCUGCUGACGUGUACCAUCCCCAUCACCGGGGGAGCUCAGAGGACGAUCUCGCUGGGCGCGGGGGACCGGCAGGUGAUCCAGACGCCCAUCAAUGACUCGCUUCCCGUCAGCAGCUGCAGCGUGGCCCUGCUCUUCCGUCAGCUCGGGAUCACCAACGUGCUCUAUCUCUUCUGCGCGGCGCUUACUGAACACAAGAUCCUGUUUCUCUCCAGCAGCUACCAGAGGCUCACCGACGCCUGCCGGGCUCUCCUGGCCCUCAUGUUCCCCCUCAAGUACAGUUUCACGUACGUGCCCAUCCUGCCCGCGCAGCUCCUGGAAGUGCUGAGCACGCCGACACCUUUCAUCAUCGGAGUCCACUCCAUCUUCCAGUCGGAGACCCAGGAGCUGCUGGACGUUGUUAUCGCAGACCUGGACGGCGGCACAGUGAACGUCCCCGAGUGCGUGCACAUCUCCCUGCUCCCCGAGCCGCUGCUCCAGCAGACCCGGGAAGCCCUCUCCAUGGUCUUGGACCCGGAGCUGGAGGUGGCAGAUCUCGCCUUCCCCCCUUCCACCGUGUCUGCCUCUUCUCUCAAAAUGCAGGACAAGGAGAUCCGGGCCGUCUUCCUUCGCUUGUUUGCACAGCUGCUGCAGGGCUACCGCUGGUGCCUGCACAUCAUCCGCAUCCAUCCCGAGCCCGUCAUCCGCUUCCACAAGGCAGCCUUCCUGGGGCAGCGGGGGCUGACGGAGGAUGACUUCCUCACCAAGGUGCUGGAGGGCAUGGCGUUCGCAGGCUUCGUGACCGAGAGGGGUGCCCCGUACCGUGCCAUCGACCUGUUCGAUGAGCUCGUUGCUUAUGAAGUGAAGCGCAUGCGUGCAGAAGAGGGGAACAAGCAGAAAAUCCUGCGGCACAUCAAGGAGCUGGCAGAGAAACUUUACAAAAAUGAGAACCCGUACCCCGCAGUGACCAUGCACAAGGUGCAGAAGCCCACGGAAGGCUGCCACCUGCGCCUCCACCAGAAGCCUUUUCCCCGCCUGGAUGAGGGCACGGUGCAGUGGAUCAUCGACCAGGCCACGGCCAAGCUGCAGACAGCCCCUCCUGCUGUGAAGGCGGAGAAGAAGUGCAUGGUGCCGUCGGGCCCCCCCAUCGCUGCCAUCCUGGAGCGAAACGGCAACGCCCUGGCCAACAGCGCCCGGCGCCUGGAGGUGGUCAGGAACUGCAUCUCCUACGUCUUCGAGAACAAGAUGUUAGAAGCCAAAAAGCUCUUCCCUGCCGUGCUGCGAGCCAUGAAGGGCCGAGCAGCCCGGCACUGCCUGACCCAGGAGCUGAACCUGCACGUGCAGCAGAACCGGGCUGUGCUGGACCACCAGCAGUUCGACUUCGUAGUGCGCAUGAUGAACUGCUGCCUGCAGGACUGCACGGCCAUGGACGAGCACGGGAUCGCAGCUGCUCUCUUGCCGCUGGUCACUGCUUUCUGCCGAAAACUGGGCCCGGGCAUCACGCAGUUUGCCUACAGCUGUGUGCAGGAGCACGUGGUGUGGACCAACAUCCAGUUCUGGGAGGCGAUGUUCUACUGCGAUGUGCAGAACCACAUCCGAGCCCUGUACCUGGACAGCAACGAGGAGAACCACACGGAGGAGGAGAGCACGGAGGAGCCACAGGAAGCCAAGUCUGCCCUCGAGAUAGCGUCAGAGCAGCUGAGGCUCUGGCCCACCAUGAGCCGAGAGAAGCAGCAGGAGCUGAUCCAGAAGGAGGAGAGCACCGUGUUCAGCCAGGCCAUCCACUACGCCAACCGCAUGAGCUACCUGCUGCUGCCUCUUGACACCAGCAAGAACCGCCUGCUGCGCAGCUCCGGGCUGGGGGACGUGGAGAGUGUCAGCAACAGCCUGGUCACCAACAGCAUCGCUGGCAGCGUGGCUGAGAGCUAUGACACAGAGAGUGGCUUCGAGGACGCCGAGAGCUCCGAUGUGGCCAACUACGUGGUGCGAUUCAUCAACCGCUUCGUGGACAAAGUCUGCACGGAGAGCGGCGUCACCAACGAGCACCUCAAGGGGCUGCACGUCAUGAUCCCUGAUAUUGUGCAGAUGCACAUCGAGACGCUGGAUGCCGUGCACAGGGAGAGCAAGAGGCUUCCUCCCAUCCAGAAGCCAAAGCUGCUGCGCCCCAACCUGCUGGUGGGCGAGGAGUGCGUGAUGGAGGGCUUCCGAGUGUACCUCAUGCCCGACGAGCGGGAGGAGGCCGCGGGGGGCAGCGUCGGUGGCCCACCCCUGCUGCCUGCCGAGGGAGCCAUCUUCCUCACCACCUACCGCAUCAUCUUCAAAGGCACCCCCACGGACCCGCUGGUGGGGGAGCAGGUGGUGAUCCGUUCCUUCCCCAUCGCCUCGCUGACCAAAGAGAAGAAGAUCAACAUCCACAGCCAGCAGGAUCAGUUCCUCACGGAGGGCCUGCAGCUACGCUCCUGCACAUUCCAGUUGCUGAAGAUUGCCUUCGAUGAUGAGGUGGCUAUGGAGAGUGCCGAGGUCUUCAGGAAGCACCUGCACAAACUGCGCUACCCCCAGCACGUCCACGGCACCUUCGCCUUCACCGUGGGCCAGUCGCCCAAGCAAGCCAUGCAGCCCAAGGCCAAGGAGAAGAACCCCUCGCUCAGCUCCCAGCAGGUGACCGGUAUGUUCCAGGGCCUGACAGUGGGGGUCAUGUCCCUCGGGCACCUUGGCCAUUCAACCACGACGCUCUCCAAAAACCUGGUGAAAAAUGCCAAGAAAACAAUCGGCCGCCAGUACGUGACACGGAAGAAAUACACGCCGCCCGCCUGGGAGCAGCGGAGCAGCCAGCACUUCGCAGAGGACAACGAGGACGAGAUCUCAGUGUCCGAGGAGAUGGACAGAAGCACUUUGACCCCCACCACCACCAUCAAACCUUCGGAGAAGACCAUCAACCACCUGGUGGAGCGAGCCUGCUGCCGCGACUACCAGCGGCUGGGGCUGGGCACGCUCAGCAGCAGCCUCACGCGCUCCAAGAACGAGCCCUUCCGCAUCUCCACGGUGAACCGCAUGUACGCCAUUUGUCGGAGCUACCCCGGGCUGCUCAUCGUGCCGCAGAGCAUCCAGGACAACACGAUCCAGCGCAUCUCCCGCUGCUACCGCCAGAACCGCUUCCCCGUGGUGUGCUGGCGCAACUCCCGCACCAAGGCCGUGCUGCUGCGCUCGGGAGGGCUGCACGGCAAGGGCGUCGUGGGCCUCUUCAAGUCCCAGAACGCCCCCACCACAGGCCCCUCGCAGACAGACUCCACCAGUUUGGAGCAGGAAAAGUAUCUGCAGGCCGUGAUCAACUCCAUGCCUCACUAUGCUGAUGCCAGUGGGCGCAACACGCUCAGUGGCUUCACCUCGGCACACAUGAGCAGCGCAGAUUUCUCCGACAAGAGGCAGCCUAAGCUGGGAUCGCUCAUGAAGCAGGUGAUGGGAGGGAAGGACGAUGGGCCCGGUACUAUUAGCCGUGGAGGGCUCGGUCACAGAGCCAGGGUCAUCACCCUCUCCACCCCCAAGUGCGCGUCGGCGAAGGGCCGCGAGGCGCCCCGAGGCAAGUGGGGCAGCAUCCGCGCCAGCGGGCGCAUGAGCAGCUACGCCCUGAACGUGGAGAUCGGGUCGCGCCUGGCGGGGAAGGACCUGCUGAGCGCCCAGCACAACGGCAGCCCCGCCGAGGCCAGCUUCCUGCGGCAGCACCGCGCCUCGCUCUACAUCAUCGGGGACAAGUCGCAGCUGAAGGGGGUGAAGCCGGACCCGCUGCAGCACUGGGAGGUGGUGCCCAUCGAAGUGUUCGACGUGCGGCAGGUGAAAGCCAGCUUCAAGAAGCUGAUGAAGGCCUGUGUGCCCGGCUGCCCCGCUGGCGACCCCCCUGUCACCUAUCUGCGGUCCCUGGAGGAGUCCGAGUGGCUUUCCCAGAUCCACAAGAUCCUGCAGAUUUCAGUGCUGGUGGUGGAGCUGCUGGACACGGGCUCCUCUGUGCUGGUCAGCCUGGAGGACGGCUGGGACAUCACCACGCAGGUGGUGUCCUUGGUGCAGCUGCUCUCGGACCCCUACUACCGCACAAUGGAGGGCUUCCGCCUGCUGGUGGAGAAGGAGUGGCUGUCCUUCGGGCACCGCUUCAGCCACCGCGGGGCACAGACCCUGGCCAGCCAGAGCAGCGGCUUUGCGCCCAUCUUCCUGCAGUUCCUGGACUGCGUGCAUCAGAUCCACCUGCAGUUCCCCAUGGAGUUUGAGUUCAGCCAGUACUACCUGAAGUUCCUCAGCUACCACUACAUUUCCAACCGCUUCCGGACGUUCCUGCUGGACUCGGACUACGAGCGCAUCGAGCUGGGCCUCAUUUACGAGGAGAAGGGCGAGCGGAAAAGCCAGCAGGUCUACAAGUCCAUUUGGGAUUACAUCGACUGGCUGAACAAGAAAGCUCCCGUCUUCUUCAACUACAUGUAUGCCCCCGAGGAUGGGGAGGUGCUAAGGCCGUACAGCAACAUUUCCAACCUGAAGGUGUGGGACUACUACACGGAGGAGACGCUGUCCGAGGGCCCCUCCUACGACUGGGAGCUGGUGCAGGGGCAGCCGGAGCACGUGGAGGAGGCAGACCGGCAGGACACCAGCGCCCCGCAGACAAAGCGCAAAAUCAUCUGGCCCUGCUACGACAACCGCAGCCGCGUGGAGCCCGACGCCAUCUCCAAGCUGCUGGAGGAGCUGCACAACCUGGAGAUGGAGCUGGGGCAGGUUCCGGAGCGCUGGAAGGACACGUGGGACAAGAUCAAAGCUUCCCAGCGCACCGAGGCCCGGCAGGAGGGCAGCCGGACCCCCAGCUCCCUGCUGAUGUCCUCCGGCCUCUCCCACCACCGCCGCUCGCUGGGCGUGUACCUGCAGGAGAGCGGCGUGGGCUCCACGCUCAACCUCAGCCUGGACAGCGACACCAGCAGCACCUCCACCCCGUCCAGCGGGAAGCAGGGCGGCAGGAAGAGCACCAGCACGCUCUACAGCCAGUUCCAGAUGUCGGAGAGCGAGAACAGGUCCUAUGAGGGGACCCUGUACAAGAAAGGAGCCUUCAUGAAACCCUGGAAGCCUCGCUGGUUUGUGCUGGAUAAAACCAAGCAUCAGCUGCGGUACUACGACAGCCGGAUGGACACGGAGUGCAAAGGCGUCAUUGACCUGGCCGACGUGGAGUCCAUCACACCUGGCACCCCCACCAUGGGGGCCCCCAAGACGGUGGACGAGAAAGCUUUCUUCGAUCUGAAGACGACGAAACGAGUUUACAAUUUCUGCGCCCAGGACGUGCAGCUAGCCCAGCAGUGGAUCGACCGCAUCCAGAGCUGCUUGUCGGACGCGUGAGCCUGGCUCAGAGGAGCCUCUAUUCCAGGCACAGAGUCUCCCGCGCCCCAGCACGUGGAGCAGAGGCAGUGCCCAGGCUCGGCGCUGAGCCGGGGCUGUGACUGACUGGCGAGGAGCUGGACCCUUCCCGUCGGCCGCGGGUGUGCUGCACCGGAGUGCCCGCAGCCGCCCGUGCUCCCGCAGGUGGUGGUGGGGGCAGGAUCAGCGUUACACUAUGGUAGGACUGCGUAGUGGAGGAAUUCGUCGCAUUGAAGCAGGCUGGGGUGCGGGCGGGAGCCUGUCCUGCUCUGCUCCCCCGUCCUGUCUGAGCCCUGUAAUUACCCUGUGUCCGCUCUGCACCUCCGGGCCAGGCGGCCUCGCUCCAGCUCUGCUGCAGCAGGGAUGGUGCCGGCUGGCUGGAGAGGCUGCCCCCCGCCACUGCCCCGUGCUGCUAGAGAAAGCAGGAGCUGCCUGGCUCCCUCGUCCUCCCCACGGCUUGCAUGUCUGCCCGAGCACCCACGGGGCAGGGCCUGCUCCCUCCUCACCCGGUGCCGCUGCCCCCGGUGCAGUCGCUGGCCCGAGCGUGGCCCAGGCUUAGCCCCUGCCCUGCUGGAGCCGGGGAUCUGCAGCUCAGGGUGCCUGUGGGUGCAGAGGGUGCUCGCCUGAGCUCUGGGACCAUCCUGCCCUGGCCCUUGGGCAGCGCUCCCCAGCCCUUGAGCUCUCACAGACUUUGCACAGGAACAAACGAGCACAGCUGCUGCCUGCCCGGGGCUGCUCGUGGUGUUGUAGCUGUAGGUGCCAGGUGCAUGUACGGGGAGGGGCAUGGACGUGGCUGGUGCCUGCUCAGGCCGUGACCAGCGGGCUCCCUGCCCUGGCAGGCUGCAGCCUCUACCUCCUUGCUCAGGCUUGCUGGCGGGGGUGCGUUCCCCAUGGGAGGUGCCAAAUGCUGCAGCCUCGGGGCCCUGGCCCAGGCUGGGGGGUGCCCCUCUGUCCCUGCAGGUCCCUUCCCAGGUGGGGACCACCCAGCCCCGGGGACAAGGGGUCCUGCUCGGCUGCAGCCCAGGGUCCCCACGGGCUGUGAAGCCAGGUGAUGACACCAGGGACAGGAUGUGAUGGGCACUGUCGGGUGCCACGCAGCCUCUGCUCUGGUCUCCGCUCUGGCUGCCCCCGUGCGCCCUGCGGCAGGGAGCGGGCAGCACCUCGGUGGGCACCGUGCCGGGCACUGCGCUGUGCUGCCCGCUUCUCCCCACCUCUGGGGCUCGUCCCCUCCCCAAGCCCCCCUGCUUGUGCUCAGGCUGGGCCCCUGCCAGCGCUGCCAGGCCGAGCCCACCGGUGGAGGGGUCCCGGCCCCGCAGGAGGGCAGGUUUGGCCCCACAGCGCUGCUGGGGGCUGCGCGUCCCCCCCGCUGCUGCCUCCCUGCUUCUUGCUGUCACAGUGUCAGUGCAAAGGGGGAAUCUCGGUACAGAAUCAGAGCCUGCAGCACCUCAUCCCCUGCACUGGUGUUACUGCGGGGGGGUUUGGCCCCGCUCACCCCGAGGUCGCUUCCAGGGCAGGUGGAGGUCGCUCAGGGCUGUCCGUCCGGCCGCAGGAUGGGACCCGGCCCCCGCAGCCCUCCCAGCUCCGCGAAGCGACCGUGACCAGGGCCCGACCCUCCACGCCUCUCCUGCAAGCUCAGCCAGCUCUCCUACCUGUCUUGUUUUUAAAGGAGUUCCUUGUUUUAUUUCAGUGCAGAGGUCUUUGUACAGUCUUAAUCCCCAGGUUCCCCUCUUUGUUUUAUUGUACAAUAAUGGCUGUGGCAGGUAGCUGGUGUAACAUGGAGGUUUUGUAACUUACCUGAGCAGUUGUAGAUUAUUGAAGUUUCUGUACAUUGUGUCAAACAUACAGAGUCCUUGUAUUGUAUUGUGCCUAGAGGAAAAAGGUUAUUAUAUAAAAGAGAAGACUAACUGAAUUUAAUAAAAAAAUUAAUAUGA